CGCCACUGCAAAGUCCCGUAAAAACUGUAUUUGUCAGGUAACGCUACGUACGUUCGCUCACCUGGCUCACAGUUUAAUCCCAACACGGUUUAAGAAUCGCAACACUAAACGAAAAUGCACGAUAUUCCUAAAUACACAAGUGUCCAGUGAGAAAACUUCGAAUUUUUGGACCCACAGAUCAGUUGAAUGAUGACACCGCUCCGGUUAUGUGCUAUCUACUGCCUCUUUUCGAUUUCUUCCACCAGCUCAGCGUUUCCUCCAAGUCUGAGGUACCCAAUACCCAUUUCAGUUAACAAAAUCACCGCCGCUAAUUUAACCUGCGAUGUGCGAAGUUUCAACGCCACUGUUACCCUCCAGCACCCGUUCAAAGGACUUGUUUUUGCCAAAGAUUUUUCGCACGAAUGCAAUGCUCUCGGAACUUUAUCAAACUCUGUCACAAUAAACCUCCCAACUGCCGGUUGUGGGAUUAGACUGAGUUCCCGAGCGAACGAAAAAGGGGAGAAAGAACUGGUCUACAGUGUGGUCCUGGUGGCCCAACAAGACCGCCAUUUGCGCCAAAUAGCCGACCAGGAAAAGCACCUCGAGUGUGUGGUCAAAGACGACGCGUUCCUCAUCGAAAGCCAACCCGUGGUUGACGUCCUCAAGAACGAUUUGCUCGAACGAAGAGGCAAAAACCAGCGAAGUGGUCGCAUGAAGAAAGACCAGGAUCUAGAAGACGAGAUUCGCGAAACUUUUAGCGUUGCCCGUGCUUGGAUGGAAAUCACUCCGGAAGGAGACGAAGCAAAUGGUGGUACUUUGAAAGUCGGCGAAGCGGCAGUUUUGACCAUCAAGUCGACGCUUCCUGAGGGAAUCGGCUGGAAGGUGGUUGAGUGUUCCGCCCAUGAUGGUCUCGGUGACUCCUCGCAAAAACUGCUAGACGAUUAUGGGUGUCCCACGGAUGAGCUCCUGUUCCCAGUUUUUCGAAUGGGUCCAGUGCAAGUCAUCUCAGUCAUGAAACACCAAGAAGCGGUCUCGAGGUUCGCAGCGUUCAAGUUUCCGGACAGAGACCGACUCCAUUUGUCGUGUUAUCUGGAAUUGUGCCGUGGGACUUGUCCGGAGGUCGAUUGCUCCGACAAGAAUUCAACUGAUGGCGAGGUUUUAGACCGGCUGAAAGUCUUCAAUAGUGUGGAGGUGCUAGCACCGGCUAUUGAUGACUUGAGGAAGAGCGAGAGGUUGCAGCUCAGCGAACCCACAACAUCCCCUUUUUCUAGCCUUCCAGGCGAUCGGACGUUCUGCGUCUCUCCAGACAAAGUCGCCAUCACGUUUUGUAUCUUAGGUGUCAUAUUCCUGUGUGCUGUUGUCGUCGCAGCUUGUGCUCUGCUCAGAAGUCGCAAAAACGGCGACGAAAGUCCGUUCUAUCCGAGAAGUCUGUUUUCGAGCAGCACAAGCGGAUCGGCCUACGGCAGUAAGCUACUUCUGCAUGAGAGCCCAUGUAUGGGACAGUCUCCUUCGAGAAGGAUGCCUUAUGGGCGGAUAUUAUAACACAACUUUGUAAAUAAAUGUUUUUGGGGCGGUUCAUGGUGGGUUUGGGGCUUCGUUUUGUCUGGGCACUCAGCCGUUCUAAAACUGGAACGCGAAUUCGGACGAAGUACUUCUAUUUUUAAACAGUAUUACAUGAAUAAUUACUCGCUGGAAGGUUUAAUGUCUUUAUUGUCGAAAAUUAUUAAUCCGCGAGUAGUCAAAUUAUGUUUAAUUAUAAUUGUUGUGAUACGUCGAAAAUAAAAUAAACUAUGUUUUAAU